CUUGAAGAGCAGCUCUGAAGACACUGACUGAGAAGUAUUUUCAUGUUCUGGUUUUAUCUCUGACUUCAUCAUGAGGCUGUCUCUGCUGCUGUUCAUAUCAGUCCUGGCACUCAGUGCCUUAUCAAUCACGACCAAUGCACAAUUAUUAUUUGAGACACCUGCAGCGACAACAAUAUCUGACACGACAACAACAUCUGAGGUGACAACAACAACUUUAGUGCCCCCAACAUCUGCAGUGAUAUUGACAACAACAACUGAAAUGACAACAACACUUGAGACAACAACAACACCUGAUACGGCAAUAACAACUGAGACGACAACAACACAUGAUACGGCAACAACACCUGAUACGGCAACAACAACUGAGACAGCAACAACAACAACUGAAAUGACAACAACAACUGAAAUGACAACAACAACUGAAAUGACAACAACAACUGAAAUGACAACAACACCUGACACGGCAACAACAACUGAAAUGACUACAACACCUGAUACAGCAACAACAACUGAGACGACAACAACACCUUAUACGGCAACAACAACUGAGACGGCAACAACAACUGAAAUGACAACAACACCUGACACGGCAACAACAACUGAAAUGACAACAACACCUGAUACAGCAACAACAACUGAGACGGCAACAACAACUGAUACGGCAACAACAACUGAUACGGCAACAACAACUGAGACGGCAACAACAACACCUGAUACGGCAACAACAACUGAGAUGACAACAACAACACCUGAUACGGCAACAACAACUGAGAUGACAACAACAACACCUGAUACAGCAACAACAACUGAGAUGACAACAACAACACCUGAUACGGCAACAACAACUGAGAUGACAACAACAACACCUGAUACAGCAACAACAACUGAGAUGACAACAACAACACCUGAUACGGCAACAACAACUGAGAUGACAACAACAACACCUGAUACGGCAACAACAACUGAGAUGACAACAACAACACCUGAUACGGCAACAACAACUGAGAUGACAACAACAACACCUGAUACGGCAACAACAACUGAGAUGACAACAACAACACCUGAUACGGCAACAACAACUGAGGUGACAACAACAACACCUGAUACGGCAACAACAUCUGAGAUGACAACAACAUCUGAGAUGACAACAACGACUUCUCCAUCUAUAACAACACUUUCACCAACCACAAGAACUGUGAUGGCAACAACAAAUGGGAUGACAACAUCUGCCGUGACAACAACGACAUCUCCAUCAAUAACAACACUUGCACCAACCACAAGUACUGUGAUAACAGAUACAUUUGCAACAACAAUCUCAUCAACAACACUGAAAGUACCCACCACAAUGAACGCCACGUCAGCUAUUGCACAAAAGCCUUUAAGAGUUGUUGGACUUAAAGUGAUUUUUAGCACAAAUCUGGAUAUAACAGACAAUGCAACCUUCACACUAAUUUUGCAGCAAGUGAAAAACCAGCUGGUCAAUUAUGGUCUUGCAAGCAGCACAGUACUGACAUCAAGAGACCUGCGAAAAAUCUAACAUAUUAUUAGUGUUUUCAGGAAAUGAAAAGUAAAAAAAUGUCUCAAACAUGACCGUUUAAUGGUUUAAAUCUUUAAGCAGGACAUGUAACAACCCAAUAUAAAUCUCCAAUAUUUACAAUUCAAUUUCAUGCACUUUAUAAUAAAUGUGUCCUGAACUGUAAAUAUAAAUCUCACUUCAGGCUCCUGCAAGCCUCUUAUCUUUUCUAUCCCCUUGUGUAUAAAAACAGAUGAUUUAAAGUGUUUAUAUUGAAUAUUGACAUUUAUCUAAAUACAUGUGUAUUUUACAGUU